CGCAUUCAAAUAUCAGCCACCGUCCGCCGCCAUCGAUAGCUCUUGACCCAAAACGGAUGAUAUCCUCACUACCGAGCUGCGUUGCGACGGCGCAUCCAACCAACCAUCCAUCACACCACAGGACCCUGCGAACCAGCCUCCCAACGCCUCCCCGUGAACUCAAUCCUGCAUCUUUCUCCUCACCAUACUGUCAUAAACCCGGUGCGCCGGUCACAGAGUGCUGAUCUACUCGGCUGUCCCGGACCUGGGAACUACUUGAUUCACCGAUAGAGACGCUGUCGGGCGCAUCUUGAAAGCCGCGAGCUUCACUGUCGCAAACCCCGCGAAAUCAGCCUCGCGAUCCAAUUCGAAAUGUCGGCCACAGACACCGCCGAGGCCCGGACGAAUGGCCAUAACGGAACUACACACAAUGGCGAGAACGGCGCAUCAACUGCGCAAACUAAUGGUGCACCAAAGUCGCAAGAUUCUCACGAUGGCGGCCAUAACUUGUUGAAACAUCCUACGAGGAUAGGAUCCGGUCUGAAGGAGCGCAUCGGCAAUAUUAAGAAUGGUCCUCCCGGCGGCUUCGACCCGACUCCUCUACCGGAUGCGCCUCAGGGCUACACGAUUCGCUUCAUCUUUCACAGCGCCUCCAAUCUUCCUCCCGCAGACUUUGUCACGGCCUCUUCAGACCCUUUCCUCGUCGCGACGCUUCGAGGUACCCAACCCAAGAGGCACAAGGAGGACCCAGACCUUGUUCACAGGACGAGGACUAUCAGGAAGACCACAGAGCCCAAGUGGGAGGAAGAAUGGGUUGUCGCCAACGUCCCUCCUACUGGGUUCACGCUUAAGUGCCGAAUGUACGAUGAGGACUUUCCAGAUCACGACGACAGACUAGGCAACGUGACGAUCAAGAUUGAUCGCUUAUCCGACACAUGGAAAGGGCUGGACGAGACGUACAAGGCCAAGAAGCGCAUGAUGAGCAAGAGGGCAUAUUUCGCUAAAGCUCUCACCAGCGUCGUCAACUCGAACGUGCAUAUGACGCCCGUUCUCCAUUUGAGCAUGGAGCUGCUGGGACCAUCCGAUCCGCCUUAUGCUCAGAUGUACACGGUAGGACCAACAACCUGGGUCAAGCACUUUAGUCCUUUGAUUGGUCGCAUCGCCGGUGUCAAGGUGAAUGCGAAUGCAGACGACGACGCCCGAGAUGAUGGAGAUCAACAGGUUGAUCAGAAUGGGAAGAAGAAGCCGAGAACUCAAAAAUACGACUUCCAAGCCAACGAGAUGCAGCUACAAGGCCCGGUGCCUCCAAAGCUGUACCAUCGGUUUGUCGAGUUCAGACCCAUCAUCGCCUCCAUCUACUCGUCAACGGGCUUACGCGGCAAGAUUCUAAAUAAGGCGCUGCACAGCCAGCACCGCCGCAUUUACAACUUCAACCAGUCGACCGAGUAUGGCGACUUUGACGCGUGCUCUAAAGAGGCUGCGCUUCAGUUCCUUAAACUGGUCCACUUUGACGAGGGGGGUCGUAUCUUCACCUACGUUUUGACUCUGGAUGGCAUGUUUAGGUUCACCGAGACGGGCAAGGAGUUUGGCAUUGACAUGCUGAGCAAGCAUACCAUGCAUUCAGAUGUCGAGACGUACAUCGCCUGUUCGGGCGAGUUCUUUAUUCGACGUCUUAAGCAUCCUGUGUCUUCGGAUGAGGUCCAUCCCAAGGAAAAGACACACCCGAACGAGCCUGUCUCUGGUGGACCACCAAGAGACCACCCCCCACACAACCCUGCGUAUUACCAGCUUGUCAUUGAUAAUGAUUCGGGCACAUAUAGACCCGACAAGUCUACUCUUCCAUUGCUGAAGGAGUUCCUCGAGAAGAACUUCCCAGAGCUUGGUAUUGUAGUGAUGCACUGGGAGGAGAAGGAGCUGCAAGAUAUGAAGCAGGCUCAGCGAACAACCAAGAAGAGCGAGGGCAGAAUGAUCAACAUGGUGAUGAACAGAAGCCAGAGCAGCAUCAGCUCAGCUGAGAGUGAGCUUGAUAACCGUGAGGCUGGUUGGGAGCAAGGGCAGAAGAGUAAGCGAGAGGCGGCAUACGAGGCUCUCGAAGACCCGCACAAGGUCAAGGAAGCUGUCAAAACGUUUGUUCCUGGCAUGAGGUCGGAGAGGGGGGAGAGCUCCAAGUGAUUGGACUAUGACUGUUACGGCCGAACUUAUGAUAUCUGGGCUAGAUGGGUUGGAACGUUCUUCGUGGUGAAAAGAUACCUGGAUUGGUUUUGCAAGGAUAGUUUCAUUUGUUACCCUAGCAUUCUCUACUGUGCAUUUCUUUCUUAUCAUGUUCUAAUCUACGAGCAUUGCUCGCCUUCUCAUUCCCUGG